UUUACGCUCUGCAUCUAAGGAGUCAAUAAAGUUUAUUCAAAUAAACACCGCGACGUCACGACACACAAUGGCAGCCAGUGGUACUUCUGUGACGGUUCUCACUCCAAAUGGGAGAAGACAAACUGUUAAAGUGUCUCCAAACACACCGUUGUUACAGGUGCUGGAGGAUGUCUGCAAAAAGCAUGGAUUCAACCCCGACGAUCACGCUUUGAAGUUUCAGCGGACAACUGUUGACCUUACACUCCCGUGGAGGUUCGCCAACCUGCCCAACAAUGCUAAACUGGAGAUGGUGACGAGUACAAGGAAACAGGCUGUAGCUGACAGCCAGGUGCGGAUUGCACUACAAAUGGAGGACGGCUCUCGACACCAGGGUUCCUUCUCAUGUGGACAGAGUCUUUGGGAACUGCUCACACAUUUCCCCCAGAUCAGUGUGUCGGAGCUGUCAGGAUCCACCCCUGUGUGUGUUUACAUGAGAGACGAGGUGAGUGGGGAAGAAGCACUGAAGAGGACCACUCUGAAGUCUCUGGGUCUUACAGGAGGAAGUGCCAUUCUUAGGUUUUUGCUCAAAAACCACAAAGCACAGGGAGAGGAACAUGGAGGGGAGGCCCCUGAAACGACUGCUGUGUCACCGACACCUGUUGCCAAGGAAACCGCUUUUAGUCCACCAUCUCAGCCCGAUCCUGUUCCGUCACAUCCAGAGACAUCAGCGACAGAGGUGGCAAUCAGAAAUUCAAGCCCCCAAAGGCCAAUGGAUGCCCACCCUGCUCCACCUCCCACCGAAGCCACAAGCACACUUCCUGUUCAACAGGAAAAGCUUCCAAACUCCCAGGAUGCAGUUCAGCCAAAGUUUCCUUCUGUAGAGGGAGGAAUACCAGAGGAGGAUGGUGAGAAACCAGGACCAUCAGGAAUGAACUCUCACCCAUCUUUUUCCUCCUCUGCUGCUCCCCCUGCUCCUUUCACUCCCUUCUCUGGAGGUGGUCAACGCCUCGGCGGUCCUGGAGGAGGUGCAGUGGGACGCUCGCUAUCUUCAUCAUCAUCCUCCUCGUAUCUGUCGUCUCUGACUGCUGCAGUAGAAUCACCCAAAGCCAAGAAAGCCAAAUCCAGCUACGGUUCCAGCACCAAGCGUCUAACCACUGCCAACCAGCCGGACGAGGAUAUGGAGCAGGGAGAAGAGUUCUUGGAGCCAGUAGAGAGGGAGCCUCUCAUCUACCACCUGGACUCGAUGUCCUGUCACUCUGAGGAGCACGAGAAUCUGCCUGACGAGUUCUUUGAAGUGACGGUGGAUGACGUACGCAAGCGCUUCGCCCAGCUGAAGAGCGAGAGGAAGUUAUUGGAGGAAGCCCCGCUGAUGACUAAAUCUCUAAGAGAAGCACAGAUGAAGGAGAAGAUAGAAAGAUACCCCAAAGUGGUCCUGAGGAUCCAGUUUCCAGACAGGCAUGUUUUACAGGGUUUCUUCAGGCCUCUGGAGACAGUUGGUGCUGUGAGGAGUUUUGUGAGGAGUCACUUGGAGGAUCCUCAGCUCAGUUUCUACCUGUUCAUCACGCCCCCAAAAACCAUUCUGAGCGACUCUUCAGCCACACUGUUUCAGGCCGACCUGUUUCCUGGUGCACUGGUCUACUUCGGCUCCGACGUCAAGACAGAUUUUUACAUAAAGAGGGAGCUGCUUGACUCCUCUGUCUCAGCCAUGCAAGCAAAUGAGUCUAUUGCAAGCUGCAUGUUCCAGUCAGAUCAACCCCCCUCCAGCUCCGUCGUCUCAGAGGAACUGCUUCCUCGCCCAGAGCCGAGUGGGGGCACCAGUGGGCUCACACAGGACGAGCCAGACCCAUCUGCACACAUUCAGGCUGCUAAACCUACAAGAUCUGACCCAGGCAAGGUGCCCAAGUGGCUUAAGCUUCCAGGUAAGAAAUAAGAGUUCUGCUGUUCUGCUGUGUGCUGAUGGGAAGACUUACCACGACGGGUGUCUGACAAGUUGCUUGCAGACUGAGUAGAGCACUUAAACAUUUGCUGUGCUUUGAUAAAGGCUCGACUUUGUGGCUACAGCGGAAGAAGCUUGCACUUGACUUGGUUUUAAAACCAUCAAAAUAAUGAGAUAAAUGACUGAGUAAUUAGCGAGUACUUCAUUGCCAAGAGGAUGCGUUUCAUUCUGGUUGGAGCAGAGUGCUGAACAGGCUGUUUUUAUUCAGCUGGUGAAAAUGUAGUGCCAAGUAAAUAAAGACUGUUGCACUAAAA